CCCCUUUUCUUUUUUUUUUCCUAUUUUUCUGUAAUGUUCAUCAUGGUCCAAUGGCGUUGUCUAGUGCUACUCUUAUUUUAUAUAGUAGUAGCCUAUUGUCAUGAGGAGAAAGUAGAAGGCUUCUUUAGUCAAAGUGGACAUACAAAUAACUGGGCUGUAUUGGUAUGCACAUCUCGUUUUUGGUUUAAUUAUCGUCAUGUAGCCAAUACACUCAGCAUGUAUCGCACAGUGAAGCGACUGGGUAUUCCAGAUUCCAAUAUUAUCCUUAUGCUUGCUGAUGAUGUCUCUUGUAAUCCUCGCAACAAAUUCCCGGCUACUGUCUAUAACAAUGCCAACCGUUUUUUGGAUUUAUAUGGCGAUAAUGUCGAAGUGGAUUACAGAGGUUAUGAAGUCACUGUAGAGAACUUUAUUCGCAUGCUGACAGGACGUGUCUCCCCUGACACACCUCGUUCAAAACGACUGUUGUCCGAUGAUCGAUCCAACAUCUUGGUUUACAUGACAGGCCAUGGUGGGGAUGAAUUCCUCAAGUUCCAAGAUGCAGAAGAAAUCAGUGCUUAUGAUUUAGCUGAUGCCUUUAAGCAAAUGUCUGAAAAGAAGCGAUACAAUGAACUCUUGUUUAUGAUUGAUACAUGUCAAGCCAAUACCAUGUACAGUAAAAUCAAUUCCACCAAUAUUCUUGCUACGGGUAGUAGUAGAUUAGAUGAAAGUUCUUAUUCACAUCAUACAAGUUAUGAUGUGGGUGUAGCUGUGAUUGACAGUUUUACUUAUUAUAACUUGGAAUUUCUUGAGAACAUUGACAUGACAAGUGACAAGACAUUACAGGAUUUGUUUAAUACCUAUGAUCCUGCUAAAAUUGCCUCUCAUCCAGGCAUUCGUUCUGAUCUGUUUCAUCGUCCAUUAGACAAAGUCAAAGUGACAGACUUUUUUGGCAAUGUACAGAAUGUAGAAUUAACAAAAAACAGAUACCCUCUUUUGACUGAAUCGACUGAAAUAGAGACCAUUCAGCAAGAACCUAUGGUCAGCAACCAGACAGUAUCAGACCAUCUUUAUCAUUCUUUUCUUGUUCAAAGAAAGACACAAACAGACUCCUUGUUAGCAUCUUCUUUAGGCAUUUUAUUCAUUCUCUGUCUUGGUUAUGUUAUUAGCAAGACACUGAUAUAAUUUUAUUUUAUUUUUUUAUUUUAUGAUAAUUCUAUCAUUCUCAGUAGGGCAGUAAAUCUAUACCAAAAUCAAUACAAACAAUGAAUAAAAGAGUGGAUAGCAUACCUGUUG